CACUCUACCCUCUCCUGUCCUAACUGCAAUGGGGUGCAUACAUGUUGCGUGGCUUCUUUCUGUCUUGAUGUCUUGAAGAAUACCAUCGAAGUAGAGGGUGGUGACCUUAGUCAGCUGCUGUACAGUUCGCUGAUUGGUUUUUGCAUGAAUGUAAAUGUACAUGCUUCACUUGAUAAGUUAUUCGUUCUUUCGUAUCUAGUUCAUAAUACCUUUGGAUGGACUCCACAAGAAGCCAAAAUGCAUAUGGUCGCUGAUUAUUUCAGUCACUCCGAGUGGAAUGUGAUCGUUGAGGUGCUAGGGCCAAAUCCACGACAUCUUUUUGAGCUUUUUGCGCUUAAACAAAGCAAUUAUUACCAGAAGUAA